CUAUGGAGUACGUCUUCCGAGAAGUGUAUGUCACGUGACUUGAUUGCGUUUUGAGCGCAUUUUGCAGUUGCAGAACAACUUGUAAAUAGUGAUUGUACAUAGACAUUGUAAAGAUGAGUACAGUAAACCGCACCACCUCACGUGGUGGAAAAGGUGCAAAACAGGAAAGUUCUGCAACAGGCAAAUCACAAAAAACAGACACAAAAUCAGAAUCACCAAAGUCACUGGACCAUCACCCUAAAACACAGCCUACAGCCGAGCAGAUGCGUAUAGCCCAGAUAAUUGAAACAAAGCCAGAAGAUCCAGAUUUAAAAGACAAAAUAAAACAGGUAAUGGAUGCCACAAGAAAAAGUGAGGAUGAAGUUGUCACUGCCCUUCAUGAUUGUGAUAAUGAUCCUAAUAAAGCAGUUAACAUGCUGUUGGAAGGCAUACCGACUGGUUGGGAAACUACAAGUAAAAAGAAAAAGAAUCGACAACCCAGUGCUGCAAAGACAGAAGCAACUGUGAAUAAUAGGGACACAGAACAAGAGGAAUGGGACCGAGAAGGCGGAGCUGUUCAGGAAAGGGACCGUUCCCGCAUACGGGGUGGCGGGCCUCCACGUAUGAGGGGUGGACGAAAUGAUGCCAGAAGAUGGCGUGGACGUGAAAAUAAAGAAAAUGAGAAAAAUUUAGAGGAGAGUCGAGGGGAGGGCUUUUAUCGUGGUGGAGGUGGAGGACGAGUGCUGAAUGGCCCAGGUCGAUCUGGUAGAGGUGGACGAGGUGGAGGUCGCCUAGGUCCUCGUACAUUCCAGAGCCGUGACAAGACUGGUUUCCCAAGGUCUAUAGAUACGUGGAACAACCCCACUGCAGAUGACAGUUCUGGUGGAGAUCCGCUAAAAAUGGAAAAAUGGGGCGAAUUCCCUUCACCGGAAGAUUGGGACAAUGAAGAAUACACUGGUUCACUAGCAGACAGCAAGGUAUUCACGCCCAGUGGUGGUACAGUGGAACCUGUAGUCAACUCUGAACCAGUUAUUCCCACACAGGAACCAACUACAGAGUUGUCGUCUGCAUUGACGUCGCAGACUCUUUCAAGCAGUGUGGCAUCUAGUUCAAGCCAGAUGUCUCAGAACCUUGAAAUACAUCAGUCAACAACAAAUCAGCUGUCGCAAAGUCCAGUUCCUGUAGGUGUCAACCAAUUAAAUUCAACACAGUCUGAGUACCUGAAUCAAUUAUCACAAGCAACAGAAAACCUAAAAUCUGCUGUUGGUAUUGGCACAAGUACGUCUGCAGGAACUUCCUUUGGGACAACAAGUAGUAGCAGUUACACUGUCUCAUCAUCGUCAGCAUCAUCUUACCAGCCUCCUAGUCCUCCAUCAGGGUUCACAUCUUCAGCAGCGCCAUUUUCUACAUCCAGUUACGUAAGUUCCUCUAGUACCUACAGCCCGCAGAUACAAGAGCAGCCUGCAGAAUCUCCAUCAACCACCACCCAGUCACAAUCCAUACCAACGCGGACGAAAACACAGCGGCCAAGAGUUCCUCCUCCCUCAAAAAUUCCAGCAACAGCAGUUGAAAUGCCUGGUGAUGCUAUUAACAGCAGUAUAGGAUAUCUAGAUGUUCAGUUUGGUGCUCUAGAAUUCGGAAGUGAAACGAACUCUUUUGAAACAAAUUCUGAACAGAACAAGUUUUCCAACAGUGUAUCAAACUCAGUUCUGGAUUCCUUACCAUCGCCUAGAGCUUCCACGAAUCUUGACCUGAGUACGAGUCAAACAUCUGCAUUAGAUGCAUACACGGCAUCCUCAACUCAAAAAUCGAGUCAAAACAGUAUUGCUUCAUCACUCAGUCAAAGUCAGAAGCUUCCAGGUUCUGAAUCUAUUCUGUCUACAUCAGACCACAAAGUUAGCCAGUCCAGUUUCACACAAACAAGGUCAUCGACUGCAUCUGCUUUGGAUGUAGAUAAAAGCGAAGUGGGCCUAUCUUACUCCGCACCCAGUACAGUCACAUAUCAAUCCACUUACCAGAAUCAGAAGUCGUCAUCUUCCGUCUAUCCAACUGCCUCCAGCUAUACGCCAUCAAACUACUCGUCUGUACAGGUUACAUCAUCGACAACUACAUAUUCAUCUCAGCAUCAGCAACCACCCCAGCUGAGCUACACCUCCAGCAGUAAUAGUGCAGGCAGCAGCACCAGUUACAGCAGUCAGUCUGCUGCAGCUGCUGCAGCAGCCGCAGCGGCUGCUGCAGCUGCAAACCCAUACCCGGCUGCUGCCAGCUCAUACUCACAGCAAGCAUCAGCAGCUGCUGUGGCUGCAGCUGCUUACCAGCCUGCACCAUAUCCAGGAGUUGUGGCACAACAGACAGCUGCUGCAGCUGCGUUUCCUGCUCAACCAGCGUAUCAGCCUGCACCAUAUGGUACUUCAGCUUUGGCGUCAGCAGCAUAUGCUGGAACAGGUGCAUCUUCUCAGUACCAGAACAAUUAUGGUACACCCACAGGAACCCAAGGACAGGGUCAUGUUAAGUUAGCAUCAGCCCUGGGCACAUCGUCGAAGGAACCCCAGUAUGAUGCAACUACUACUUCAAGCUCCAGCCUUAGUAGUACAAAUGUAACCACUGCCAACAGUGGUCUGUCAUCCAGUGUUAAUGCAGCACCAGCCUUGGGGCUGGUUAGUACUAACCAGACUGUAAACACCACAUCUACCAAAGUUACCAGCUCAACUGGUGUGUCUUUAAUUACUGGAAAGAGCAGUGUUGUGCCUAACAUACCUCCUGGUGUUCCUCCUAUGCUUAGUACUCCACAAUACAUAAUGAGCCAAGGUGGCUUACCUUACUUCCAGCAGCCUGUAUAUAGUUUUGAAGAAAUCCAAUUGCUGCAACAGAGGAUACCACACAUGGCCCCUGGCUAUUAUGACAUGAGCUUCCAGGCGCCGACGAGCCUCUCUACGGGGAGGGAAGGUGGCCUUGCUAGUGUAGCGUAUUCAAUGUCAGAUGGCAGGUACACACGAGGUGACAACAAUGCGUCACCUGUACCUUCAACACUUUCACAGCAGAAUGCAACACAGGCACAUCAGCAGCCGAUGUUAAACCCAUCUGCCCUGCCUCCUGGUUAUGCAUACUUCUAUGGUGGUGGCAUGAUGCCUGGCAGCUUCCAGUACGGGACUCCUGCCAUAUAUCAGAUGCCACCUGCCACAAAUGCACAUGGUACGACGACGACAUCACAGUAUCCUAAGCCUGGUACAUACGGGUCUGGUUAUGCAUCUGGCUAUGAUGGGUUGACGCAGAAUCAAGACUAUAGUAAAACUGGCUAUGUUGCUGGUAGUCAGUCGCAGAGUAAGACUGGAGUGGGUGCAAACACUGGUUCAACAGGGUCCUCUGGUGCAGAUCUGAGUGCAACAAUGUAUGGCAAAUCACAUGUUGCUAUAGGGAAAGUUAAUUCAUAUGAUAAACAAGGAUUCCAUUCUGGUACACCACCGCCAUUCAACUUGCCUGGCAGUCAGAGCACACCAAUAGCUCCUAGUGGAGCGUACACACCUCAUCUGUUUAUUCCUGCUAUACCACCACAUCAGCAACAUCACUCAACUACUCUAAUGCACCAGCCAUUGCAUCAGGUUUAGAUGAGGAUGAGAUAGGCACCUGGAGCUGCUGAAAACGGGACAACGGCAGUGGUCGAAACCAGUGGUCACAGACAUCAGCUCAACCCAACAAGUCCAGUGCCAAGCAAACUUAAAGACCAUCUUACCGGCUCCAUACUGAGAGUCUGAGUACCACUGCCAUAGUCUUUAACAGGUGCUUCGUAAUGGUACAACAUGGCUCACUGUUUUCCAAAUUAAACACUGUUAAUGUGUUCAGUUUUUCAUCCCUUGUUUUAAAUUUAAUAUGCAAUCUGUCCAAAUUAUAGAGCCAUUUCCUAAGGCAAGAAAAUGUUGGAUCAUGACUUAAGAUUUCACUCAUUUUCAUUGUAUUAAUAUUUUGCAGCGCAUGUUCUAAGACUUAAAGUAGUUGUUUGUAUUGUUUCUUCUGUUAAUAGGAUUCAUGGUCUCCAGUAACAGUUCACAGAUUAAAUUGCAUUGUAUUUUUGUUAGCUUAAAGUGUAUAGGAAACCUCAUACAUUUGUAAAUGAUUGAAUAGCGGUACCAUCCCCUUUCUUGUAUAGAAUGUUUUUAUUUGUGAAGAAUUAAAGUGAAUUAAAUUAAUAUUCAUUUCUAUAUUUUUGUUAUUUCAUUGCAUGAUCCGGAAAAAAACCUCUACCAAAGCAAUUGCUGUGGCAUUUGGAUGGGAUGAGCCCGCUUACACACUUAGGCACAAGCUGAGUGAUCUCUAAAAAGACUGUUUGGUUUGCUUUCUGACUUUAUUUUUCUCUCUUGUUCAGAAUGUGUCACAGAGAGACAAACUGUUGCUAGCCCUCAUGGGCUUACGCAUCCUGUCACGUAUUAGAGUUCGAUAAACUUGUAGUGUACUUGUAGUGUUCAAAGAAAGCUAUAUCUCAACCCUGUGUAUUAUAUGAGUAGCUUAGUUGUUUUGUAAGUAUGAUAAGAGAUGAUAAAUAACUUAUCAAAUUAAUAUAAAUAUUUAAUAUUUUCUUUCUGUAUUUUGUAUUCCAUUUUGUGGUUUAUACAACAGUGGCUGCUGUUGCUCAUUUUUCAAUUAAGGGGGGAAAGAAAGAUAUACUAAUGGCCAUUCACUAUAUUUUUGGUGCAAGUUGUAUGGACAAUAUUACUAUUUGAGAACCUGUGUGAUCUCUGUAGGCCCAUAAAUAUUUCCAAGCUGAUGGCUGAUUUAAGGAGCUAAUGUAUAAAUUUGGAGAUCACAUUGGCCAGUGUAAGCUUGGAGGUAGAAGCUUAUAAAACGAGCAUGUACAAAGGCUAAUUAAUAAAUAGGUGUAAUUGGGUUGCAAAAAUUAUGUUGUUUUUUACAUCUUUUUAAUGACUUCAGAAUUGUAAUUGUUGUUACCUCAUUGUUGUUUAAAAUAUAGUGGUUUUCAUAUUUGUAAAUUUUGUGCAAGCUUUAAUAUUUGGGACUUCACACCAAGCAGUAACAAAGUAGCACUGGCCAAUAUUGUGUACAGUUAAAUAGAUUAGUAAAGAAUUUUUAUGAAAAAGGCUGAGAUUUGAUUAUAGAAUACAUCUUACAAUCAGUGUACAGCAAAUGGACAAUUUGAUUUGUAAUUACAUAGCAAUUUUUCAACACUGAA